UGGACGUGAACACAAAUCGAUUAAAAGUGAUAAAUUAUGUCAGUAUUGGGGGUUUUUUGUGUGGUUUUUGUGGCUCUGUUUGUAGCCCAGGUCAAGGGUCAUGGAUAUUUGAUUGUGCCCCCAAAUAGGGCUUCUUUGUGGAGAAUUGAUAGUGGUUCGCCCAUCAAUUACCAGGAUAAUGAAUUUUUUUGUGGGGGACUUUAUGUCCAAUAUUACAAAAACGAAGGAAAAUGCGGAAUUUGCGGAGACGACUAUAGAGACCCAGUGCCAAGAAGCAACGAAAACGGCGGUACAUACGGUAACGGUUUAGUGUUUAACAACUAUACCCAAGGCUCUGUUAUAACUGUUACUUCCCUAAUAACUGCCAACCAUCUUGGGAACAUUUACUUCCAAAUCUGCAAACUGGACUACCCUACGCAACUAGAAACUGAUGAAUGUUUUCAACCAGUUAGAUUAGCUGAUGGAACAGAUAAACAACCUAUUCGCCCUCUGGAUUAUUUGGUUCACACUAGAUUAAGACUCCCAAGAGAUCUUGUGUGUGACAGAUGUGUAAUGAGGUGGCAUUAUAGAACUGGUAAUUCUUGGGGCUUGUGUAAUGAUGGCACCCAAGAUAUGGGAUGUGGUAACCAGGAAAUCUUCCGGUCAUGCGCUGAUAUCAGAAUUCUGCCUAAUGGUGGCUCAUCUAAUGAAGAUUCAACACCUGAUGAUUAUGAUUCUGAUAGUACAGAAGAAGACAGUACGGAUUCAGAAGAAGGACAUCACCCUCCUGAGAUUGAUAGGCAUACACCAUGUAUUCCAAACCCCCAUUAUGUACCAAAGGAACAAAUGCAUAAGGAAUGGUCCAAAUCAGAAGAAAUCUCUGACAGCAGUAGAGCAUUGGACUUAAAUAAAAAUAUCCCAUGUAUUCCUAAUCCUCAUUAUAAGCCUCAUAAGAAACCUUAAAAUAAUAAUUUUUUAUGACCUCAGUAACAAAUAUUAUAUAGCACAAUUGAGCAAUAAAUUUAUCAGUAUUAAUUUA